AUGUUAUACAAAUCACUCCAAAACUUGAUGUCCUCUUCCUCCUCAUCAAUGACCAAGUCAUUCUCUACUCAAACUGGUGUAGCUUCUGCUCAAUCGAGUAACAACACUGCUCUUUUACACCUUAACCUUUCAGAUGUUAAUGUUUUGGACAUCAUUUAUAUCGAUUAUUUAACAGUUGACCUUUAA